AUGAAGACCGACUAUCCUUACCAACAGCUUGUCUUGGUCGGUGACUCGCUCAUUGAGUCAUCUAUAGAGACACAAGAUGGCUUUUCCUUCCACGCAGAGCUCCAGACAUACUGUAAUAGAUAUCUUGACGUCGUCAACCGCGGACUUGGAGGCUACAACACUGCCCACGUUUCCAAAUUUCUUCCCAAGAUCAUCCCACCGCCAACCGAGUCCUCGCCGAGAAUCGCAUACUUGUUCAUCCUUCUCGGCACCAAUGACGCUUGUAUACCUCUGCCCGGCACGUUUCAACAUGUACCACUUGAUGAGUAUAAACGAAACCUCAAAUCGAUCAUUGAACACCCUAACGUUCAAGCGCACGAUCCCACCAUAUGUCUGAUUACUCCUCCACCACUGAAUGACAUUCAUUACAAGGAACUUGAUACAGAGUGGGGAUAUUCUGAGCCAUCCAGGCGGUCAGAGACCACUGCCUUGUACGCAGAAAAGGUACGAGAGCUUGCUCAAGAGAUGGAAGGUGUGGUAGCUAUCGAUUUAUGGCAAGCUAUGACGGAUACAGCAAUAGCGAAGACCCCGCAAGACUAUACGCCAGGUGGGCCAUGGCUGGGGACUGUGGAAAAUGGCAAGGAAGGUGGAUUAAGAGCCUUGCUUCACGACUCACUCCAUUUGAGUGGCGAAGGAUUUCGGGUUCUCUACGAUAUCAUCCUUCCACAUAUUCAUUUGCCGAAGGAGAGGGUCUUUCCGAUGUGGACGGAUUUUGACCCUAGACAUAGGGUGUAA